AUGCAUUUGAAAACUGGAUUAAUAUUUUUGAUCAUUUGCCUUGCUCUCCAAGUUCAGGGAAGCAGAGAAAUUCCUAAUAAAAUAAACCGUGGUGAAGCCAAACAUCUUGCAGAUGCCUCAGGGUCAGACAAAACAGAAAGAACAACAAAGAGGUCCAGAAUAUCAACCAUAAGGCGGAUAUUUGACAUGUCAAAACACCGAAUAAAGAGGUCAUCCUUUUUCUCAACUGGUGUGAAAGUUUGCCCACAAGAAUCAGUGAAGCAGAUUUUAGCCAGUCAUCAAGCUUACUAUAGAUUAAGAGUCUGCCAGGAAGCUGUGUGGGAAGCCUUUCGUAUUUUUCUGGAUCGGAUUCCUGAUACUUCUGAAUAUCAGAACUGGGUUACUGCCUGCCAGAGGGAAACCUUCUGCAUAUUCGACAUUGGCAAAAACUUCAGCAAUUCCCAAGAACACCUGGAAAUAAUCCAACGGCGAGUAAAACAUAGAACCUUCCAGGAAAGGAAAGAUGAAAUAUCCACAGAGAAAACAGGUGGCAAAAAGCUGGAAGACAUUCCUUCCAUUUCUACAGGCUCCCCCGGCACGUCCCUCUCUCCAUAUGCACCAGUACCUAACGGCACGCUGCUCAACGAAAUUGUUAACGACACGAAGACUCCUGUGAAGGAGCUGGGAACAAAUACUGUCCCAGAACUGCCUGUGGAGCAAAUGGUAGAAUUCAGUGUCACUCUCACUGAUCAGGAGUACACAGCUGAACUUAAUGAUCCCAACUCCCCACAGUACCGACAACUUGCUGCCAAAUUUCAGCUACAGAUGCAAAAAAUAUUUGAGAAACUUCCAGGAUUCAAGGAAAUCCGUGUAUUAGGAUUUAAACAGAAGAAGGAGAAAGAUGGAUCAAGCAGCACUAUAGCACGAUAUGUGGUAAACUUUGAGAGAGAUGGCUCAGAAAUCAAAAGCACAGCAGAUGACAUCUCAACUAUUGGGUCUAAUAAAGUUGAAAAUGAAAAAAUUCCACUUUCUCCAAAGGAAGAGAGGGAGAUAUCAGCAACUAAACUCACAGUAACAGACCUUCAGCAACUGGUUGCCAUCGCACUCCACGAAGACCAGUCCCUGCCAAUGGACCUUGGAACACUUCAGUUUACUGAUGAAUCUAUUAUACCACCUAGUGAUUUUGAUAAUGAUAUCCAGGCCAUGGUCACUAUUCCUCUGGCAGGCCCUGAUUUGGAGGACUCAAUGAGUGUGGAACUCCCACUAGGUUACCCCAGCCCAGCAACUGUGGACCAACCGGACAUCUUGGUCAAUGAAUUUACAACGGGAAUCCCUGUGCUAAGUGGAGAUAUAAGUGCUCCUGAAGACUUUAAUAAUUUUGUUUCACCUGAACCUGUGUUCCCCACCAAACCCUCCAGAGAACCAUUUCAGGACAAAUCUUCUCCAGAAACAGAAGAUAUCGCUACUGACCACCAAAGUUUCACAGUGCCUUUCAAUGCUCUGGGUAGCACUAGCAGUCCUCCAAAACCAGAGGAUCCCUAUUUGCCUCCUCCAGCAGAUGAUUCUGCUAGCAAUGACUUAAUCACCGAUGGCUAUGAGUUUCCAACGGAGCAGGCUACCACACUGGCAGUUUAUACCACAGGUAGCUUUACCCCACCUAAUCUCCUGCAAGCCAGAGAUGAGAAUAGUGAAGCUGAGGAGAAGAAAGAACUGACUGAUAUAACAGAACCACCUGUCAAGGAAUCUGACCAAGAUAGUUUGUCUGGACAAGCAGUUAAGAUCAUGGAUGAACCAGAAUCAUCAGGCAAUGACAUUUUAGUUACAGCCAGCACUUACGAAACGUUGCCUUUCUUUAUUGGUUCAAGUGAUAUCUCUACCACGCAGCCUGAAGAUGUUAUUACAGAUGUGCAACCAUCACACCAAACAGCACCACUGCCUGUGGCAACCAGCCCAUCCCACAGCCACUCUCAGAUCAUCGAACAGUCCCUUGAAGUACCGGAUUCCUUGGUGCCCACAUCUGAGAGCGUUCCUCCCGAUGGCACCGAGACGGGAGUGCAGGAUAUCGCUGCCGAGUUAGAUCACGUCGGUGUGAUGAGCACAGCAGCACUGGAUGAAGUGGAGCAUGGCAGUGGUUAUAUCUCAGUGCUGACCACUGAGCCUGCAGAAGCCACCCCAGCUCCUACGCUUAAGUAUGUAACUACCAGCUCCAUGACAACCGCAGCCAAAGGCAAAGAGCUAGUGGUUUUCUUCAGCCUGAGGGUAACCAACAUGCACUUUUCUGAUGACCUCUUCAAUAGGAGUUCGACAGAAUACAAAGCACUAGAACAACAGUUCAUGCAAUUGCUACUUCCAUACCUUCAGUCCAACCUCACAGGUUUUAAGCACCUGGAAAUACUUAACUUCAGGAAUGGAAGCGUGAUUGUGAAUAGCAAAAUGAAAUUUGCCAGGACAGUGCCAUACAAUAUCACAGAAGCAGUACACUGCGUUUUGGAAGAUUUCUGUGAUGCUGCAGCCCAGCGCCUCAAUUUGGAGAUUGACAGCUAUUCCCUGGAUAUCGAGCCAGCUGAUCAGGCAGACCCAUGCAAAUUCAUGGCGUGUGACGACUUUUCCGAAUGCAUAAUGAACGAGUGGACAAAAGAGGCUGACUGCCUUUGUAAACCUGGUUACGCAAGCCAAGACGGAUUACCCUGUCGCAGCCUGUGCGAGUUGGAACCCCAUCUGUGCGUCAAUGGUGGGAAAUGUGAGUUAGUUCCCGGAAGAGGAGCUGUCUGCAGGUCACCAGACCAGUUUACAAAGCCACGACUGACAAGUUAA